AUGUACAGAAGGACGUAUAUGUACUAUACAAGUAACAUCAGGAAGCAAAAGAGCAGGAGCAAGAGCAAGACCAGCAGGACUACCGCAUCUGAGAUUCUCAAAAUGCUGUGUGUCCACACUACUCCCAAUAAUGAGGAGGAUUACACGGAGAGUUCUUCUGGAACAGAGAAUGAAGAAGAAGAAGAAGAUUUAAUGAGACCCUCCAUGACUAUGAGGCACGAUGAUGAUGAGUUAUCAUCUCCCAAUCGUAGUAGGAAGAUUAAUAUGGAGGAGACUAAACCAACAAUACCUAAAGCAAUGGCAAGAGAAGAAAAACGGUUGUGUGUAGUGUCUGAUGAUGAUGAUGAGCAGCAAGGUACUUCUACUACUUCAGUAAAGAAGAAGGCUGGUCAAGAUGAUGACAUGGUUCAUAAUAAUAAUGGGAAUGAUGUUGACAAUAAUGACAUUGACUCAGAUGAUGAUAAAGGUGAAGUUGAAGGUGAAGAUGAGGGAGAGGAUGCAGUCCAAGGUGAUGAUGAACAAGAGGGAAGGAGGAGAUAUGAUCUCCGAAAUUGUGCAGAUUUAAAAAAACUGUCUAUGGAAUUAGAAGGUACUUUAGUAGAGAAGGCUGAUCAAUAUCAUGACAUGGAUAAUAUUGGGAAUGAUGUUGACUAUAAUAUUGACGCAGAUGUAGAUGAUGGUCAAAAUGAAGACAAUGAUAAAGUUGAAGGUAAAGACAAUGGAGAGGAAGCAGUCCAAGGUGAUGUUGAACAAGAGGGAAGGAGGAGAUACAAUCUCCGAAAUGCAGGUAUACGAACACUGUCUAUGGAGUUCGAAGGUACUUCAGUAGAGAAGGCUGGUCAAGAUCAUGACAAGAUGAUAAUCAAAAUGAGAUGA